CUCCGCCUCUUGCAACUGCUCUCCACCUGUGUGGCCUUCUCCCUGGUGGCCAGCAUGGGCACCUGGAUGGGGGCCGUAAGUAACUGGUCCAUGUUCAUCUGGUGCUUCUGCUCCACCAUGACCAUCUUCAUCCUCAUAGUUGAAUUAUGUGGGCUCCAGUCUCACUUCCCCUUCUCCUGGUUCAACUUUCUCAUCACCUACACCUGCUAUGCUGCCCUCUUCUGCAUCUCGGCCUCCAUCAUUUACCUCACCUCUUACAUCUGGUUCUUCCCUCCUGGCCGCUCCCAGGAUCAUGCUAUUGCAGCCACUGCAUUCUCCUGCAUCGCUUCACUGGCUUAUGCCAUGGAAGUGGCCUGGGCCUGGACCUGGAUCUGGCUGGGUUUAAUCACCGGCUACAUGGCCACGGUGCCAGGCCUGUUCAAGGGGCUGGAGAUUUUCAUGGCCUGUGUCAUCUUCGCCUUCAUCAGCAGCCCCCUCCUGUACCAGCACCAGCCGGCCCUGGUGUGGUGCGUGGCCGUGUAUGCCAUCUGUUUCCUUCUGGCUGUCAUGGCCCUCCUGCUGAACUGGUGUAACUGGGACAACAGCCUGCCCAUCCCCUUCCCCAUUUUCCAGCUGGGGCUCACCCUGCUCUCCGUCCUCCUCUACGCCAGCGCACUGGUGCUCUGGCCUCUCUACCAGUUUGAUGAGAAGGUGGACAGCCAGCCCCAGAAGUCUAGGGAUAUGAGCUGCAGUGAAGGGCUCACCUACUACUUGUGCACCUGGGACCAAAGACUGGCUGUGGCCAUCCUGACAGCCACCAACCUGCUGCUCUAUGUGGUUGACCUGGUGUCCUUGACCUGCAUGGUUUUUGGAGGAACUAAAGAUCAGCCCAGGGGCUCCUGA